GGUGCUUCGGACCUGUUGGGCACGAGAUAUUGCGGAAGGACUUUUCCGUGUGGGUUUGUGGCGCCAGAAGCUGCAGGUGACGACUGGCUGGGAAAUUGAAAGAAAUAUGGAGGCGAAUAUGGAGACUGAAGUGGAGAGGAAAAUAGCAAAACUGGCGAUGAGCGAGCAGUGGAUGGAGCGGAUACGAGGAGAACCAAGUGGAAGUGAGGAGAGAAAGCGGGAGACGGGAGCAGGCGAGAAGAGUGCAGAUGGAGGUGAGCUGACAACGACGGAGGGGUGGAGCGUUGUGGGACAGCGUGGGAAGGUCCAGCCGGGAGCGGGGGGCAGAAGGAAGACCCCCGAAGAGGGCGGACCGGCGGCGGCGACAGAGAAUGGGCGGCAGAAGGAUCGUGGGCCGGAGAAGGAGGCAGCGGGGACGGUGAAACCGCCGGAGCUGGAAGAGGCAGAGCGGAGGAGUGACGUCGGGUGGAGAGUGAAAGUGACUCUGUCGAGAGAAGGGUUCCGAGGGGCAAAGACCUUAAGUCGCAUGGACUUUAUGACACGGGUGCUUCUGGGCACGCUGAAGGUGGACCCAGUGGACUUGGUUUGUGUGGUGGCCUUCGAUAAUUACAAGGAGUGGCAUGUGUCCUUUCGGAGCCCCAAAGCGUAUGCGGCCUUCUGGGAGGCCCACAAGGCAGCUAUGGAGCGGGGGGAGUUGGAGGGCCUGAAUUUCGAAGCAGGCCGCAAAGCGUAGGAAUUGGUGCUUAAGAGUGCAAAACGGAGAAACUGAAAUGUUAAAAGAGGUUGUGGGGCUAAAGGUGGGAGAGUAUACUGAAGUGGUUUCGUGUGGUUGUUUAUGGGGAAACAAUGUGUAUAUGUAUGCUGUGUACUGCAGUGGAAAACUUAGAGCUUUGUUGUUUGUGCUGAAAAGUUUAUAUAACUUUGGUAUUUUCUUAAUUAAAAAAAAAUCUGUUCUUAUCAGUUUAAUAUCUGAUAUGUCCUCGAUGUGAGGACUUUAUAUUAAA